AUGCAGCCGUCCAGCUUUGUGCCCGCCGCUUCGGCGGCCUCGCCCUGUCCGCCGGUCUACACAGAGGAGCGUGUUCGCGAGAUGGUUGCAGCAUUUUACUCUCCGUCUCCCAUUUCUGGCGCGACGCCUGUCCAGGCGAAUGAAUUUCUUGUGGAGUUUCAGCAGCACGCCUCGGCUUGGCCCGUAUGCAUCUCCUUUUUGAACCAGUUUUCGCUCUCGUCCCCUCAGGCUGCUUCUCUCAGCGCGGGCGAUGAGUGUCUCCUCUACUUCGCUUCGCAGACGCUCGCGGCACAGGCUCGCGCGGGCUUUCCUCAGCAGCUGUCUCUGCUGCUGGCGGGCAAGCAGCCCGCUGGCGGCGCUGCCGAGGCUGGGGGAGGCAGGAAGCGACACACGCAAAUCGUUUCGUCCAUCUUCAAGGAACUGCGAGAGGGCCUCCUGCAGCUUCUCUUCGCCUGCAGACACGCUCCGAAGGCAGUGGUUCGCCAGCUCGCAGUUGCGCUUUCGGCCGCGCUGGUGUUUGGCGCAUGCGGAGGGGGAAGCGAUGACAGAGGCGAGGGCGACGCAGCCGGAGAAGACACCGACGAGCUCCAAGAAGAAAUUGCACUCGAAGAAAUACUCGUCACGCUCGGGCAGAAACUGGGCGAGCAAGCUGCAGGCCCUCUCCUCGAGCUCCUUAUCUCCUUGCCGCAGGAGGUCUCGAGCCAAAGGCUCUCUUUGUCGCAAUCCCAGCGCCUGGCUGUUUUGGGUACUCUCCUCCAGCGCCAUUCUGGAAGCGCGCUGGCAGCCGCUGCAUCAGUCUUUGAUUUCCUCGAGCGCCGCGACCCGGCGCUUGGCUCGGCUUCUCAGCUUUCCAGCGGGGAUCAGAUUCUCACUCUGAAGUCAGCCGCAGUUACGGCAGUGCGUGCGUGGAUUUCUGCGCACAUGUCCCUGCUUUCCGCGUCCGCCUGUCAAGCUUCGGAGCCUGCGGGUGUCUCGCAGAUUGCGUCGAGUUGCACUCAUCUUCUGUUUCAUUCGCUGCUUCCCGCGUUUCUCCCUUCGUCUCUGCUUGCGGGCGCCGCGUCGCUGCCUUCCGAGUCGGCGCUCCGCGUGGUUUUGUCCACGCUGCAGUCCUCCACGGCGCUUGGGAUUCUUCCAGAAGGAGCUACGUCACAGAACGGCGCCGCCGCCCAGCCGCGGGCGCCUCCGGAGACAAUCGACGGGCUCCAGGCGGCGGCCGACGCGGUCGCGGCGCUCGCAGCGCUCGCCAGCGCAGUCGCAAACGCCGAGGCCGCCGAAGACGAGGAGACCGGCGGCCUGGGCGCAGGGCGCGCAGCUGGCGGGCUCUCCGCGGGUAAAGGGGCGAAGCAGAGAGAGGAGGAGCGAAGCACCAUCCGCGCAGUCAUGGAGAUCGCCGUCCAUGGAUAUGGAGUGGCCUGCGAGGCCCUACAGAGAGAAAUGACACAGGGUGCUGCCGUCGUGGACGCAGACCGGCUGCAAGCUUUUUCCGUCGGGUUGCUCGAGUUGGCGAAGGAAGUUUUGCCUGCGUUCCUCCACGGCGACCCGUGGCCUCUCUCUCCGUCUUCGACUCCCGCCGCUCCGUCUGCAGCCACUCCGCAUUCGGCGCCCGCCAGUCUCGCACACAUCUGCGCGUUUGCGGCAGACACGCUGUUGACGCAUCCGUCGCUCGACGUGAAGGAACUCGGCCUAGACUUCCAUUACAACUUCCUUUUUCACUUCAUGACGCUCGCGGCCCAGCAGCAGGAGCUGUUUCAGAAUGUGCGGGCGCACGAGCGCGCCUUCCUCGCAGAGCCAGCUGACCGGCGGACGCGGGAGGCCGCCGCCGUCGAGGGUCUUGCCGAGCGCCCGUCCCCCGGCGCCGCCGCGCCCGCUGCCGGCUCCAGCGUCGACGGCGCAUCCGAGAACCCGCCGCCUCCGGCCUUGGCCGCCGCGCACCGCAUGUACGCCUCCGUGGCUGCGGAGACUGAAGCGCGGCGUCGGCGCCUGUUCCCGAUCUACCUCCGCUUCCUCGACGUGCUCGUGGCGCAGGUCAGCGCGCCGCCCGCCGACUGCGUCGUAGACGAGCGAGUCGACUUGGAGCGGUGGUGUCGCUUUCGCGACGAAGCCGCGGGGAAUCUCACAGAGGCUACGCUGGUCGUCGGGCACGCGCGGCUCCUUGAGAAAACCCGCGACGAGCUGGAGAAGGUCGUCGCGCUCGGACUGCUCGCAGGACAUUCAGCCGCGGAGGCCCAGGGGUGUGGCGGCGCGGCAGCGAAUACUCCGGGCGCAAGCUCAGCUUCUUCGUCGUCUCCCCUUCCGUGGCAGCGACUCGAAGCCUGUCUCUUCGUCGUGACGACCGUGGCUCCCAGGGCGCCCGCAGGCGAGGACCGAGUUAUUCCUUUCUGCCUCGAAGUCCUACCUCGUCUCCCCUACGCGACGGCUCUCGAUCUGGGCAACCCUGAGCGCGGGGCGGGCAGCAGCAGAGCCAACGCGCGAAGGCAAGAAGACGAAAGAGAGGCCACUGCGCUGUUUCUCUACGCGGCAGCCGGCAGAUUCAUUCUGUGGACUGCGGGCUACAUCGGAACGCAAAAGUUCCUGUUCGCCCAGCUGCUCCACUUCCUCGCAUCCAGUAGCUUGCCCUUCGUCAUCAAGGCUGCUCAGCGCCAGAAAGCGAUGCUGGACUCCGGCGCAGCCGUGUGCAAACUCCGCGAGCUCGCAGAAGAGGUCCUCGUUGAGGCAAUGAAGGCUCUCGCAGCUUCUGCAGCUCCCAUUCUUGCGGAAGAAGUCGCCGAGGAGGACAUUAACAUAAUUCUCAACUCCAUUGUCUCCCUCAUCCUCGAAGAAAACCUCAGCAUCGACAGUCGAGCCGCACUGGUGUUGGCCGCAGGCGCGGUGCUGGCGCCGAUGCCCGCGGACAAAAUGCGCGCUCUGCACAGGCAGCUGUUGAGUUCGCUUGGCCAAAAUCUGCGGGAAGUCCUCGCCCGCCCCGACAGCUCGUCGACUGCCUACCGCAACGCUGUGAAGCUCUUCUUUUCCGCGAUCCAGGGACUCAGACCGUCCUACGCCCUCCCCCUGCCGCCGUCGACGACUGGAGAUUUAUGCGAGCCCCUUCCGAAGGACAGUCCCUAUCGGCACCCUGUGCUGGAUGUCACGGAAGAGCUAUGGGAGACCGUGGAGGCGGCGAUGAAGAACCCGCGGCGACAUGAGCACCUCUAUGAGCAGUCGACCUACGCGAUCGUCGCAGUCAUAUCCACGUGUCGGGCGCAUGUCCCCCGAUAUUUGGUUCUGUUUCGCUUCCUCGACGUCCUCGCAGAGACGUUCGCCCUGCACCCGACCGCCUACCAUCUCGGCGCGCUUCGGACUCUCGAGGGACUCUUCGGAAGCGCGCCUGAAGAGCCUGUCUUAGACGCCGUCUGCGACUGCUUGCGGCGAUGUGUACUCGCCACGCUCGAGCGAAUCAACGUUGAAGGGGAGCACUACGUGUACAGGCAACCCGACCUUGUGGGCAUGACCGUGGACAGUGUCAACAUUGCGCUGCUUCAUCCCCUUCAAGCAAUGAGGUUUAUUCAACCAACCUCGCUGAAUCAGGCUUCCGCGAGUAGAAGCCAGAGUCAGCAAGAGUCGUCCAACUGGUUCUGUACGCUGGCCCUCGCUGUCCUUCAGUUCGCUCCCACGUGCCACCACCCCAAGGUUCUGCAUACCUUCAUGGUGUUUUUCUCCCGGCUGGCAGGGUGGACAGACCCUCCUUCGCAGCUUCACGCUUUCGACAGAGGGGGCUCCAUCCCGUGGCUGCUGGAGGCGGCAGAGAAGACUCAGCAAGCUGUUCUAGCGCUUCUCCUGAGGCCUCCCCCGGUUGCCUUCUCCUCGUCGGACGACCCGCCACAACCCGAGAAGCAGAGCUACGCGACUGUGACGAUUCGCGUGAUCGUGCAUGCGCUCACGAGUGUGCACGCCGCAGUUCAGUCUUGGAUCGGAAACGCCGCGCAGGCGCUGCUUUUGCUGCUUCACCAUCCCGUCCUCGCAGAGCAGAGUCGCGUGGCUCUGGAGUCCGCUGUCAUGAGUCUUCAUCCGCACCUGCUAACGCCCGAGCAGCGGCGAGGUUUCCUUCGCAACGCCCUCGCAGAGGCGUCCGUACGAGGCUUCUGCAAUCUGUGCCAGCAGCUGGCAGAUGACGCCAAGGCGCAGUUCCACAGAAACAAGUUCUCCGCCGGAUUUCCAACUUCCGCGGGUCUUCAAGGCGGAACGGCUCUUGGUUCGCAGAGGCAGUGA